AUGAAAUCAAACAUGAGUACUAAGAUACUGAAGCUUGCAGUUGUGGAGGUGCUGUCACAGAGUGGAUUUGAUAAGACGGCAGACCAAGCACUAAAUGUUCUGACAGACAUCUUGAGAUACUAUAUUGAGCAACUGGGAUGUCGAAUAAAAAAGAGACAUGGAAGAGAGAUUGUUCCCGAGCUAGUGUGCAGAAUUCUUGUGGAGGAGGUUUAUGAGGAGUAUGAGUAUCAAAUUCCUGAGCUUUUGUCGUUUCUGAGGUAUCAGGUCACGAUGAAAAACUACUUGAACGAUAGAUACAGCAUGGGAAGCGAAGAGUCUAUUCUUCACAUCCUUCGAGUCCUUCCGAAGAAUGCACAGCUGAGGAUGGUGAUGAGAAACGGAAGCAACCUGAGCGAUAUGAACGAGGUUGAGAAGGAGGUGGUGGAGGACGAUGUGAUGUUCGAUGAGUUUACGAAAGAAUUUGUUAAGUCGAGCUUGGAGAAGGAAAGCAAGAAGGGAGAGGUAGAGUAUAAGCUUGAAUCUGUGGAUCUUGUUGGAGGAGAGGCUCGGAAGGGAAUAAGGAUUGGAGAUGGGGAGUUGAACGAGAUCUUGGAGAAGAAGCAUAGAGAGGUUGAGUUUCUAAAGGAGCCCAGGGCACUUGUAAAGGACUUCUGUGUGUGGAGCAACUUAUAUGUCUUUAAAGAAUACGAGUGA